AUGGGAGCUGCUAACGAGCCCGCCUCCUCUGGAGGCUUUUGUUUCUCGACCAAUCACAGUGCCCUGUCGGUAUCAGUUGUCAGGUCGUCCAAUACAAAGUUGGAUUUUGUGCUUACUUCACAUCCAACAAUCAUCAAAAACGAGAACACACCCCAAAUGAGCAGUCUCCUGGCCAUACAUGGUGACACAGUGGAGCAUUCUAAUGCAUGCGAGACGUCGAGCAUCUCUAAGAAAUGUCGAUGCCUUUCAUUGUCAUUAAAGGUCAGCAUGAUCUUCCAUCAAGUGCGUAAUCGUCAGGCCUAUCGAUACCCAUCCAUCAUUCCGACUUUCUUGACGGAGCAAGCCUCCCUCCACUCACAUCGAUUGAGAACCACGUGCGUGUCACUAGACGGCCUACGCUUGUGA